AUGAAGGGGCUUGAGGAGUGGCUCGCGUCCUCGUCGUCGGCGUCGGAGGCCUCAAGCAACGCAGGCGCCGCUGCGGUUCCGCGAGCGCAGGGCGGUCACGGCGGGGAUGUGGCAGGCGUCACAGACGCCCGCGCACGCCAGGCGGAGAUGCGAGAGCGCAUGCGGAACCUGCUGGGGGAGAGCGUCGUGAAGGCCGUCGUGGCGGAAACGAGUGCCGCGGGGGAGCUCUCGGCGCCGCAGUCGAUCCAGACCGCCGAGAAAAAUCCCGUAGAGGAGGGGGGGAGCCGCGCGGAAAGCGGUUGGGGUGGCGACAGGCAGCAGAACAGCAGCGGGAAAAACAGCGGAGGUGGGACCAACGGCCGUACUCCCCCGUUUCCGCCGGAGUAUCGCCGCGUCGAGGUGAUGGUCGUUGACCGUGGAACCCAAACGACAUCCACCGUCGGUUGUCAAACCGACCCCGUGGAGGACUACGCACCCCGCAUUGGGUACCCACUGGUUUCUCACUGCACUUGCAGCUGCCGAAGUCGGUGCCCUUGUGAGAGGAUGUUGCGUGAGGAGAGCGUGGGGGAGGAGACGCCUCUUCGCUUCAAGGAACAAUUAGAUCUGAUAAGGGACUCCAUAGACAUGCUGAUUGCACGAUAUAAUCUGCCACCACCUCCGUUGCCCCGUGCACAGUGA